AGAGCACUGCUGUUCUGAUUCUCAGCAGUUCAUGUGAGCUUCAGUAACCUGCUCAACAGGUAGAGUCACACCUUGUUCUAUUUUAAGGCAUCCAAUCACGUCAGCGAGGCUGGGCUGGGCUGCAUAUAUCAGAGGGCACUUCCUCUGGGCCGCAUCCUCACUGAUCUCUGUCACCAAGCCCAGGGACACUUCAGAGCAGCAUCUGUCUUAUUUCAAACAGCUUUUAUUUGUAGAGGAGUGACUAUCCAAGACUGGUCAUCUAAACAGGAGAGUCAAGGAGGUUUGCUUAAAGGUCGGAGAUAUGAUUCCUGCCAUUACAUUGGUGGUCCUGUUCCUGCUGUUCCAUUCGGAGUCAAGCAAUGCUCAGGACAGCAAUAACACGUCUUCUGUGCCUGCUGGCUGUGGGAGUAACCUUGGUUCAGACUAUUAUUUACUGUGUGAUAAAAAUUCCAGCUGGGGCAUCGUUCUGGAAACCUUGGCAACUGCUGGCGUCGUCGUCUCACUGGUUUUAAUGAUCAUCCUAGUGGGAAGCGUUCCGUUUGUGAAGGACCGCAGGAAAAGGGCCAAUGCUGCAUUGCUGUUCUUUUUCCUGCUGGGCACAUUUGGCCUGUUUGGCUUAACUUUCGCAUUCAUCAUCAAAUCAAAUGAAAGGACCUGUCCAACUCGCAUCUUUCUGUUUGGGGUCCUGUUUGCAAUGUGCUUCUCCUCCCUUUUUUGCCAUAAUUUGCGACUCAUGGGCCUGGUGCGCAAUGGAAAGGGCUUUGUGACGGGAGGCUGGGCAGUCGCUUUGCUCAUCGCCCUGACCCUUGUCCAGGUGAUAAUUGCAAUUGAGUGGCUGAUCACAGUCCUGGUGCGGGACAACCAACUCUGCAAUUAUUUCCAAUACGAGUUUGUCACAUUGCUCAUCUAUGUGAUGUUUCUGCUGGUGCUGGCCUGGAUAACGUCCCUGUUUGUAUUCUGUGGGGUACACAAAGAAUGGAAGAAGCAUGGAGCUUUUGUGUUUCUCACCACUGACUUCACUAUUUGCAUAUGGGUGGUGUGGAUCAUCAUGCUCACUCGGGGAAAUGUGGAUAUAAACAAACGGCCACUUUGGGAUGACCCAGUGCUUAGCAUUGCUCUUGUCUCAAAUGCCUGGGUUUUCAUCCUCUUCUACGUGAUUCCAGAGAUUCACUACCUGAACUGCGGCAACAAGGAUGAUAUAUACGACGAUGCAACUUCUGCAAUGCCAACCCUUACAUACCAGAAACAUGGUCUGGAAAACCAAAUGUUCAGAAAAGACGAAGGUGACGAUGAUCUCCCCAAAGAUAACCACCUUUAUAUGGAUUCACCCUAUGAUUCAACACUGCCCAUGCGGAACCUGGGACCAAGCCGUGAUUUUUCUAUCCCUCGUCCUCACACAAAAAAUUCAGAAAAUGGGCCUGAGCACCCUUAUAAUGAAUAUUAUGGUCGUAAGCCAUAGAUUAACUAAACAAAAACUUCACUGCCUCCUGUUGGCAUAGCCAUGGACUUAAGUGCAUUCAGACUGAACCUUGAUUUGGAUGAAGUGUUCCUGUGCAAUACGUCGUCACUACUAUUGCUCUUCACCAAAGUACAGCCCUGAUGUCUAUUCAUCUGUUAUCUACUUGGUGAAAUAUUCAUCUAGAUGUCUCUCAAUGAAGUAUUGUAUGAAGUAUGGGGGACUGGGGGUCAGAGGGGACUUAAUAAUUGAGAAUGUGUGUGUAGACACUCGUUUUCAAAGUAGUUCUGUAGGUUCUGCAGCUGUAUAGUCAGAAUAACCUUGGCUCAUAUCAAGAUAUGUAAAUGCUUUUUUGUUAAAAACAUAUUGAUCAAAUAGGGUGGAGAGGAUAGGUAAAUAAAGACCAGCAGCAGAGGAUGAAACCCCAAACCAAAAAGGUCCAUCUAAGUACAGUAGCUUAGCUCCUAUCCAGGGAAGUCCAUAAACAGUUCCAGUCUACAGAGUGUAAGAGGCCUUCCAAUAGGUUGCCAACUGCUUUUAAUAAUUAUGUUCUGGUAAUGCUAACUUAAGAAUAAAAACAAAAAUCACUGUGCACUUUAUAUCUCCUAUUUAUGGGAGGUGCAUUAUAUUCUUGGUAAGUGGUGAUCCCCCUCCCCAAAAAAUGUAGCUUAGUCUUUCUAUUAGCAUACAGCAUGCACUGAAAAAUUCUUCUCGCUUCAUUCCAAUGCUUUCCUUCAACAAAUCCUCUCCAGUUUGAAGAUUUUAGCCCACAUGACAUUUUUAGAUAAUGCACCCCAGUGUGUCAAUUGGUGUGGUAAGAGAAUAUAAUGGAUGAGUAGCUCCCCAGGUGGCUUUGUGAAUUUAUUCUUUUUUGUUACUAAAAAGACAGCAGCAGCCGAGAGACUGAGAAACAUGGCCAAGUACAUGUGCACCUGCAAAAGGAAGAGAAAUAAGGGAUGAUCAGACAGACCCCCGCCUUAUUCUGCAUUUAAAACAAUGACAGGCUUGAGAGAUGGCACUGGGUGUGGACCUUCACGUGAAGCUCGUCCAGCAUUCCAACCAUAUGAGAGCUGAUGACUGACACCGAUGGCACCCACUUAGCACAUUUGGGAAUAUGCCUCAUGAUCCUGUGCCAGCUGAGUGAAGAGUAAAGGCUGUUUUUAUCUUAACAACAGCUCUAUGAAAGCCUCAAGUGGCAACACAAAGUCCCUUAUUUGUAAUUGUUUUUAUGCACUCAUAAAUCUGUCUCCUGCUCUGCAUUGUUAUUAACAUUCAUGCAUCAAUCAUCUUAAGGGCUUUAUCAUGUCCAGCUCUCUUUUCUGUAAAUAAUAAUUUUUUUUUAUUUAUAAUGGCUAUACAUUCAGACUUGUUCCUCCCAAGAAUAAAACAACUAAUUAAGAAAGCCUUAAGAUACAGCAUUGAUUAGUGUAUAUUCCAGAACUGUAUAUUACUUUUCUUUGUUAGUAAGCAAUGCAUUGCUGUUUUGUUAAUUUAUUCUAUUAAACUUAUUUUGUGUUAAAUAA